UGUACAUGUAUUGCUCCUUGAGUAUAAUCUUGUCCGUUAAAGGUUCCACUUCUUCACUUUCCCUUGCCUAUUCACUCGCUCUGUGAAGUAGCAAGCAAGUGGACUUGGCCAUUGAACAAGUUUCUUGUGUUUCUUCAAUUUUUUUUUGAAAAAUCAAACAAUAACCAAUAAUGGGUUUGUUUGAUUCACCCACAUCUACAAAACAACGAGGUUUUGUAUUUUCUUCCAACUCUAAUAGAGUGUGUGAUGUGACUGUAAUGGGUGCUAAAAGUGAUGCUGAAUCUAAUAAGCUUAAUGUUCCUAGUAGCAGUGUUAAGGAGAUGCACAAAAAGCCAAGGGUUUUGAGGGACUUCCCUGUUAAACGGGAUUUCCCUACUGGCUUUGGUCCAUCAGUUUCUGCUUCUUCUAAGUCUAACACCAGUGUUUUAGUUAAGAGGAAGUCCAUGGAAGAAACCAAACCUUUGGUUUUUUCAGAUGAUAAAUGUGGUGGAACUUCCAAAAGAACUAACAUGAUGUAUAGAAAUGAAGAAAAUGAGGAUGUUGUGAAAAAAAAGGUAAGUGUUGUGUCUAAGUAUUUGAAACCUAUUGAUAAUCGCAAGAAAGUGGAGGAGUCUUUGAUUCUAUUCAGAGAGUUAUUGAACAAGCGCAUGAGAGAAUUGAAAGCAGAGUCAGGAAUAAAAAAUGGGGCAACCAGGCUUGCUUAUAUCGCAGCAGCAACAGAUCUUCGAUGGGAGCGAAAAUGGGUUAACGUAGAGAAACGGAUAGGAGCUGUUCCUGGAGUUGAAGUUGGUGACAAGUUUGAGUGUGCAACUGAACUGAAUGUUGUUGGCCUUCAUCGUCAGUUUCAAGGUGGAAUUGAUUACAUGGUGAAGGGUGGACAAAAAUUAGCGACGAGUAUUGUUGCUUCCGGUCGUUAUGUCAAUGACAUUAUAUCAUCUGAGGUCUUGAUUUAUUCAGGUCAAGGUGGGAAUCCAAGUGUUGGAAGAAGUAAGCCAAAAGAUCAGAAGCUUGAACGUGGAAACCUUGCUUUGAAGAAUAGUAUGGAAGCUAGAACUCCUGUAAGGGUAAUUCGUGGCUCUGAAGUUUCCAAGGCUUCAAAAACCGUAGUAUACAUCUAUGAUGGCUUGUAUCUUGUGGAUAAAUGUAUGCAAGAAAGAGGAGCAUUUGGAAAACUUGUAUUCAAGUUCGAGUUAAGAAGGAUUCCGGGGCAACCGAAGCUUACCAUGUAGAAGUUUUUAUUUAUUUUUAGAAUCAGUUAAGAUUUCUUUGUUUUGUAGACAUAGCUUUGUGCAAUUGAAGUGCUUUCUUUAGGUUUUUAAUAAAUGCUGUUAAACUCUUGUUAA